AUGUCAGACCUCGCUCAGGUACAGAUCAUCCUCAGGAGCAUAUACUCACAUUGCACAACCCUCUGUGAGUUCACUGAGCAAGCUGGUCAUGUAAGGUCCUCUUCGCCUGCACUCCACACAAAGCCGAACCGUAACCGUUGUCGGCAGCUAAAACAUCUCUGUUGCAAAAUUUUAGUGGCGACCAACAAUCCCGACUGCAUUAUUGCUCCUAAUCGUGAUAGACUCUGUCGUAAUGUUAAAUGCCUGAAUGUACUCAGUAUUGCGGACUUAUCAUGUGGAGGGGUUACUCUGCAGCGUGCGCUUGAUACGCUUGGAACCAGUAUUGGCCUCAUAUCAAAGAAAGACAUAUGUCUGUUUUUUCUGAUUGGGAACUCAUCUUUACUACAAAUAACAGGUGUGCCAGUAUACAACACAAUGCAAAAGUCUACUGUUGCAGUCAGUCAUUUGGUGCCCUCCGGGGAUGUGGAAUUAUUACCCCCCAGAGUGCAGACAGACACUGCUCUUGAAACAGUCGGUAAAGAUGAAAACAGUUCUAUCAUCAAUGAUGCAGCCAUAUUUGUUUCUAUGCUUGAUGAUAGUGAAGAUGGUGAAGCAUCUGCUGAAAUUGACGUCAAGGAAACAGACAAUGAAGUUAUUCGCAAUUUGACGGUGGCAUCCAUGACAGAGUUUGUUGGUGGCUGUGUAAGUUCGGAGGAACUGUUCUGUAGUGCAACUACUGCAAACGAUUCUGUCAUUGUAAGCUCAAAUUCGGGUUUUAUGACUCAACCUACACAUGCUCAAAACACUGCCCCAAUUCAUGAUAUUGAGCGGGUACAAGAACUGAUUGCUCCCAGCGAUAACCACUCAACUUCUUUGUUUUCUUCUAAUGGCAGUGCUGUCAUGGAUACUACAGAUUCUCCUAGCAAAUCUAAUGGAGAGCCCAUGGACAUUGAAAAACCAACCAGUGAUAGUAACUGCUUUUCAAACAUUUCGCUAAGCAACCAACAAUCUAGUGACAUAAACACGUCAGAUUCUAGUGACUCCAGCUCUGAUGGGGAAUUGUCUGGAAGCUCUAAUGAUGACACUGAAUUCCUAUACAACAGUCGGUACCAACUCAGGAAAAGAAAGAAAUCACCUGAAAUGGAUACUGCAAGCUCCAAGAAAACAAAAAAAACAUUCACUGUCAAAACACUGCAUGCAUCUAAGCAUUCCAAGAAGAAGAAGAAAAGGAAGACUAGAGGAGGUCUUAAGAAGGAUAGAAAGCGGAAGCGGGAUACAGUAGUCCUGAUUAAUAAAGUGACGAUGUGCUAUGCAGCUGACCUGAAAGAAAGCUACUCUAGGCAGUACACAUUAAACAGGUACAGCGAGUCUAGCAGUGAUGCAAGACAGCUGGUGGCCAUGAUCUUUUUUUCCAGAGGCUCGACAAAACCAGGAGCAUCAUCAAUCCGUCCUGAAAAGGUUAGGCUACCUCGGCGACUCAACACAGCUAUCUCUCACUUCACUAAGCUUUUAUGAACCAUAGACACAAAGUGCCCUACCAUGUUCUACUGAAUUUCUAUUGCCCAGUGUCUGCCGAGUGUCCAGGCAACCAUGGCGAUGAAGAGACCACUUCUGUACUUCGAAGUUUGGUGUCUGAACAUUUGUCACAUAAUCAG